AUUUUUUAUUUAUUCUGAAUUUCAGAAAUAUUAUAAUAUAUAUAAAACUUAGAAAUAGCAUUACAUGUGUGCAAAAGAGAAAUAGAUCUAAUAAAUAAUAACUAGAUUUAAAAUAGGUAGGUAAGUAAAUCGAUCGAGGAGAUUAUUAUUUCAAGUGUCGUGAAAAUAAAAUAUUUAUAAAAGACUUGUGCAUCGAAUAUUUGACAUUGCGGAGGGCAGGUUCAGUGUUCACGGAACGCAGCUUUCCCUUCUAAACUCUUUAUAUUACAUGUCUGUGCAAUCCAUACAGCUUACGAAAUGCUUCACGAAAGUUGGAAGCUAUUAUUGCUUUUAUCGCGUCUUCUUCUUGUUUUUUGCAUAAAAGACAAUAUCAUGGUCCGAGAUUACUUUAUGCAUAAAGGCAUAUACAGUGUCGUAGGAUUUUCCUGCGAGAAUCUCGAAAACAACGUGAAAUUUGCGAAGACAUUCAACGAUGUCUUUAUACUCGCGUCGAUGUGGAAUCUCGAAUCCGUGAUUGGAUCAUCGGCUUUCAGGAAACUUUUGCAGAACAAUUAUCGCUAUUUAGGGAUCUUUGUAGAUACGCGAUGCGACAUUCAUAAUCACAAUUACACCAUGUUAUAUUCCGAGGCUACGAAAUACCUUAUGUACGACGAGACGCAUAAAUGGCUGAUUUUGGGAAGCAAAUUGAAUGACACCGUCAGUCUAUUGAAUGACAAUGCCUUCGGAAUAGUGACUGACAUUACCCUCGCCAUACCCUCUCUCACCGGAUACGAUUUAUACGAUGUGUAUAAUCCUUGCAAAGCACGUGGUGGUUCCUUGAACGUAACAUCUUUAGGUUACUGGACCGAGAAAUCCGGCGUGUCAGUUAGACUGAAGCAAUCGAAGUAUGAGAGACGGUCUAAUUUGCACGGCAUGAAGCUAAAAAUAGGAAUUUUACUAUCGCACACAUUCUAUAAUAAUGUGUCGGCGGAGGAUAUCAUGUUGAACCCAGACAUGAAGGCGAAAUACGGUCGAUCCCAAUUUCUGUACACAAUCUUGUUGCACAUGGCUGAUCUUUUCAAUUUUACUAUGGAAAUGGUGGAAGUAAAUCCUCAAAAACAGCAGGACAAUUCCGCACCCAUGUUCGUUGCUUUUCAGAGAAAAAUGAUAGAUAUCUCGGCCAGUCCGAUCGUGAUGAAAACAGAAAGAUUACGAAGGGGAGAUAUUAUCGGUCCAGUUUGGCCGAUGCGAUCGUGUUUUUUAUUUCGCACGAUAUCCUCGGCGACUAUGAAGACGGAACAGUUUUUGCGACCGUUAAACAUUAAAGUAUGGUAUGUGAUAAUCGGUACGAUGAUACUCGCUAUGUCGGUUUUAGUAAUAUUAAUCAGACAGGAGGGCAUCCAUAGUAUAACAGAGGGUUACAGCAUUUGUAUUCUUCUUACCAUAGGCGCUGUUUCCCAACAAGGGUCUGUAUUUGUUCCGGUACAUUAUGCGGGUCGCAUAGCAUUCAUACACAUUAUGCUCUUUAGCGUGUUGAUCCUGAAUUAUUAUUCAGCGAGCAUCGUGUCGGACAGAUUGAAGAACGUAGGUCGGAAGAUGAAUGAUUCAUUGAUCAGUCUGGCAGAUAGUAAUCUGAAACUGGCGGCUGAGUUUACACCAUAUAUUCGUUCGUUUCUGCAGUCACCGGAAAAAGAGGUACGAUACUUUAAUACGAAACGAUGGGACAGGAUACCGGAAUCCAAAAGAUAUUUGUCACUGGCGGAGGGUCUGAAUCGCGUGUCUAAUGGAGAUCUGGCCUAUCACACGUCGACCGAUUCAGCAUAUCCGUACAUCGAGCGGUAUUUUUAUCCACGAAUGAUAUGCGAAUUGACAGAGGUUCAUCUCUUUCGCGCGGUUCUUGCUCUUUGGGGAAGAUUCAGGAGCCCAUUCACUCCGCUAUUGAGAAUCGGCUUGACCAAAAUGUAUGAUAUGGGCAUAUAUAAACGACAGUUAAAACUUUGGUCAGCUACGAAGCCGUUAUGCCCAAAAAAUCUUCUCGUCGCCGAACCACUAUCGAUCCAAGAAGCUACGCCUAUUUUUGCAUUUAUCUGCAUUUCCAUCGCGUUGUCCCUCAUUAUUUGCAUAACAGAAAAUCUCGUCCAUUGGUUGUUAUCCAAACAAGCAUUCAUCUCUAAGCUACAAUCUAUAUCGAGAAAUCUAAGUUUUUCGGCAUUAAUGAUGCGUAUACCUAUUGUUCGGAAUAGAAUAUUUUCGCGAGACAGCGAUUUUGUUCGCGACUAUUUUGUGCACAAGGCAGUGCGAAAUGUCGUUGGAUUCUCAUGUGGAGAUUUCACGAGUGAUUUUCAUUUUGUAAAAUCGUUGAGUAGGGCCGGUAUAUUUACGAUCGUCAGGAAACAUGAUAACAAUAUCAACAUGCGACGAUUCUUGAACACCGAGACCUGGGGCUUAGGGAUUGUCGUGGACUUGCGUUGUCACAACGAAAGUGCCAUGAGCAUCUUUGCCGAGACUACCAAGUAUCGCAUGUACGAUUAUGCAUAUCAUUGGUUGGUCCUGGGGUCGAAGCUGAAUGAUAGCGUGCCUCUGGUAAAUGACAACGCUUUUAGCAUAAUCACCGAUUUCGCGCUCGCGAUAAAGAACGGCGGCGAUUACGAUCUGUACGACGUUUAUAAUCAUUGCAAAUAUCGCGGUGGUACAUUGAAUGUGACGAGAUUGGGCUCGUGGCGACGAGAAAGUGGUCUUGCCAUCACUCUCACUCAACCACUGAUCCAGAGGAGAGCCAAUAUGCAUGGCAUGACGCUGAAGAUAUCAGGCGUGAUACAAUAUAGGCCGAAGAAUAUGCGACUGGAGGAUUAUAUGCACGAUAUCAAUACAAGAUCCUUGGACAGCAUGCAUAAAUUCACGUAUGCGAUGAUAUCUCAUACCGCCGAUCUCUUUAAUUUCAGCGUAUACGCUUCGGAGAUAGUUUAUUGGGAUCGUCACAGUGUACACGGCUUGAUAUUCGAGAUAUUACAAAGGAAUUACAUCGAUUUCGCCAGUAAUCCCAGGAUUAUGGUAUCCGAGAGAUUGGAUUACGCCACCCUCAUCGGCGCGGCGUGGCCGAUUCGACCCUGUUUCAUGCUGCUGUCCACUACGUCGAGCAAGAUUAAGCUCGGGAUCUUCCUGAAACCGCUCGCCUUUCAAACUUGGUACUCGUGGGGAUUAUUUAUAAUAAUCUUCAUAUUUGUAAUGAGAAUAAUAAUGAAACGUGAGGAAGACACUAAGCAAGAGAAAUAUUCGAGCGUUAUGGUUCUCACUAUCGGCAUUCUCGCUCAACAAGGUGCAAAUUUCUUCCCCAGGGGCAUUCCAAGUCGUAUCGCUCUGCUGCAGAUCACCAUCUUCAAUUGGAUCAUGUAUAAUUAUUACUCUGCUAGUAUAGUGUCGGCUCGUUUGAGCGAACCACUCGACAUGAUGGAGGAUUCCGUGACGGUUCUCGCGGAUAGCAAUCUAAGAAUCGCCGCGGAGGCUGUACCAUAUUUAAAUUACUUCCUAUACAAACUCAAGGGGGAUUCGGAUUACUUCAGGAAGAAACGCUGGGAUACAUUGCCAGAGUCGAAGAGAUACUUGCCUGUAGAAGAAGGUAUGAAGCAAGUCAGUCAAGGUAUCCUGGCUUAUCACACGGAUCCCAACACGGCGUAUCCCUACGUCGAAAAUUUCGAGCCGAGCAAGAUCUGCGAAUUGACAGAGAUCCAUCUGUUCAAGCAAUCCGUCAUGGGGAUGUACGCCAGUCACAACGGUCAAUUCACUGAGGUGGCAAAACUUGGAUUGUAUAAGAUGUUUAACACUGGUUUACGCGAUCGUCAGAUAAAAUAUUGGUCGAGCAGGAAGCCUCAGUGUCAGCUCGAUACGUUGUCCACGAGAAGCAUAACUAUCCAUGAGACAGCUCCGGCUUUGAUUCUGUUAGCUCUCGGUACGCUUAUUGGAAGCGGAAUAUGCAUCGUUGAGAAUAUCGUUUACUAUCGAUCCAUAAGAUCUACAAGGAUGCAUCUCUUGAGCGUUUUUCUCUCGCAAGUAUUCAUUAUUGUCGCAUACGCGCAAACCAGUGUCAUCAUUCGGGAUUAUUUCGUCUACAAGCAGGUAACCAGAGUAGUAGGAUUCUCUUGCGGAAAUGUGGAAGAUGAUUUUCUCACGAUGAAGCUGUUAACCGAUGCCGGGAUGUCUACGGCGAUUAAACCAGCUGGAUUCCAAACUAAUGUUCUGAGGUAUCUCGACACCAGUCGCACCUUAGGCGUGUUUCUGGAUAUGCGAUGUCCGAAUCAGAACGCCACCGGUAUUUUCGACGAUGCGACGGCUUAUCGAAUGUUCGAUUAUUCGUACAACUGGUUGAUUCUGGGGAGCAACCUGAACCACAGUUUGCAGAGCUUGAACGACAGCGUCUUCAGUAUCGUCACGGAUUUCGCGAUCUUAUUGCCGAAUUCUAAGUCCGAUUACGUUCUCUACGAUGUCUUCAAUCAUUGCAAAAUGCGCGGAGGAAUACUUAAUGUCACACUACUUGGUACUUGGCGAGAGGAUGACGGACUCACGAUCUUUUUAAAUGAUUCGAAGAUCGCCAGGCGACGAAAUUACAACAGAUUGCGGGCUAAAUCGGCCGGAAUUGUUCUGCAUAGACCGCCGCAUUUGACUCUGCUGGAAUAUUUGGAGGGCGAAGGUCUUGAGGUCAUGGACAACUGGCCGAAAUUCGGAUACACCCUUCUCUCACACGUCUCCGAUAUGUUUAAUUUCACCAUGGAUCUCAUCGAGAUCAAUCACUGGGAGAAGAACGACAGCAAUGGUCCCCUGAUGGGAACCCUGAAGAGGGACGACGCCGAUUUGGGUUACUAUCCGUCCAUUCUGACGAUCGAGAGAUACGGAUAUGCGCGUGUUAUCUUUCCGCAAUGGCCUACGCGUACCUGCUUCAUGUUUCGUACUAUACCAGCGACGAAGAUGAAACCCUGGAUAAUAUUGAAGCCAUUCGCGGCGGACGUGUGGUGCAUGAUCGUCGUGUUCGUGGUGAUGACCGUCCUCAUCCUUACCUUCAUACUGAAGCUGGAACACGUUAGUGAACAUGGCUACAGCAUCUCGGCGUUGAUCACUGUCGGUGCAUUAUGUCAGCAAGGUUUCCCUUCUCUCACCGACCAAUCGGCUAGUCGAAUCGCCUUGAUUCAAAUUACGGUCUUCGGCCUGUUGGUAUUCAAUUAUUAUUCGGCGGCGAUAGUGUCGGCUAGAUUAAACGAGCCUCUCCACAAGAUGAACGAUUCGCUUUAUUCGCUGGCGCACGCGAAGAUGCAGCUUGCGGCCGAGAAAAAUGUUUUCUUCAACUUCUUGUUACGGAAUAAAAGACCGGAGGUGCAAUACUUCAGACCCAUUUGGAACGCUAUACCAGAAUCAGAGAGAUUUAUUUCAAUCGAGGCUGGUGUAGAGGCAAUAAAAAAGGGAGGUUUCGCUUACCACGCAGAUCCGGACGAUAUCUAUCCAACCAUCGAACAAGAAUUCGACAAGCAAAUGAUUUGUCAACUUACGGAAGUUCAUUUAUUGCAGCCCUCCGAGUUGGGCCUGUGGUCCAAUCUUAAAAGUCACUUUCACGAAAUCAGUAAAAUAGCAUUAUUGAAAAUAAACACUUCGGGACUUCGACGACGAGAGAUACGUCGUCGAUCGGCUAGAAAACCUUAUUGUCCAAGCGACGAAAUCUUCGUCUCCAGUGUGACUAUCUACGAAGCGGCACCGAUCUUGAUUCUUCUCCUCUUUGGCAUGGUAUUUUCACUUAUUAUAUUUGGAAUGGAGCAACUUGUUUUUUAUACGACGCAUUCGAAACGAGCACUUGCCUUUAAACCUCAUAUAAAAAAUCAGACUAAAGAUAAAGCUAAAGGAUUAUCUAAGGAUAAAAAUACUAUGAAGCUUCUAAAAGCAAGCAAUCUCUUUCAUAAGACUCUAACGACGAAGUGAUAAAAUAUACAAAAUAUAGAUAAGAUUGUAGACAAUAAUUAAGCUUUUCAAUUUUCAUGUUAAUUAUUUAUCAGAUCAUUACAUACACGUGUAUAAGUAGUGCGAAUGAACAUACUUUAAAUAAAGUACAAAUAUAUCUUUUUCAUGA